AUGGACGCUGUCAAACGCUUCUUCUCGUCGCCUCGGUUUGCUGUCGCUGGAGCCAGCAAUGACUCUCACAAAUUCGGUUAUAAGAGUAUGAGCCUUGAAUCCGGGAUGGGAUCAAAUAUUGACUUUCACAGUUCUUGCCUGGUAUCAUCAGCAUUCUCUGCCGGUGACCCCUCUGAAUCCCCGGGCCCCGAGUAUCGACCUAUCACCUUCACAUUCCUACAAGACCGUCGCAUCACCCUCGGCCCUGCUAUCCCCUGCGCAGACGUCCUUAUCGGUGGUGACUCCUCCUGCAGUCACCCUCCCUCUGUUGCAGGAGGCCCAUUCUGUGGGUAUUCCCGCCGUCUGGCUGCAGCCGGGAACAUUUGA